GUUGUACGAUCUGAAUGAAGCGUACAGCAAGCCGGCUUGCUAAGCACCAGUACAUAAAAUGACACUUUCAGGGGUGGAUACAACGACACUUUGCUUAUUUGAUGUGGAUGGAACUCUUACAGCUGCUCGCCAAAAAGCCACACCUGUGAUGGAGGAGUUUCUGAAGAAGCUUAGAACGAAAGUACGAGUAGGAGUGGUGGGGGGAUCAGAUUUUGAAAAGAUCAAAGAACAACUUGGAAAUGAUGUGGUGGACAAAGUGGACUAUGUGUUUGCCGAAAAUGGACUGGUUGCUUACAAAGAUGGAAAACUGAUUUCAGUGCAGAAUAUUCAAGCAUAUUUGGGUGAAGACCUGCUACAGGACUUCAUCAAUUUCUGUCUGAAUUACAUGGCAAAGAUUAAACUACCCAAAAAGAGGGGGACCUUCAUUGAGUUCCGUAAUGGAAUGUUGAACGUCUCUCCAGUAGGCAGGAGCUGCAGCCAAGAAGAACGAAUUGAAUUCUUUGAACUUGAUAAAAAGGAGCAUAUCAGAGAAAAGUUUGUUGCAGUCUUACGCGAAGAAUUUGCUGGAAAGGGAUUGGUGUUCUCCAUAGGGGGUCAGAUCAGCUUUGAUGUGUUUCCUGAGGGAUGGGAUAAACGUUACUGCCUGGGAAUUGUGGAGAAAGACGGCUAUGAGAAGAUACACUUCUUUGGUGACAAAACCAAACCUGGUGGAAAUGACUAUGAAAUCUACAUAGACUCCAGGACUAUUGGCCACGAGGUUUCCUGUCCAGAAGACACCGUGCACAUCUGUGAGGAACUCUUCUUCAAGUGAGAGCCAUUCAGAAAGCCAGGGUCAUCACUGCAGUGCAUAUGAAAAGAGAAGGGACCUCUGUGUAAGCCAAGAAAGUCUUCAUUCAGACUUACAAUUUUGUUAAAAAUGUAAUGAUAUGCGAUUACUUGUAGAUAGGAGGCUACAGUAGAGGGUAUUACUGUCCUCCUUAACUUGCACUACAGAGGCUACAGUAAAUGUUUAUUUGGUCCUGCCUUCCCUGGGAGUGGGUUAUGAUGUUUCAUGUUAUGUUACAAAAGAGAUUAUUUGGUAAAAAAUAGUAUUUGAAACAUUCUGACGUUGCCUACAAUUUCAUCUCAUAAAAUACAAAAUGAGAAGAAGUCCAAAAGCAUACCAGUUAAAGAUAUAAUGAUAGUCAGUCAUAAUUAACCAUGAGUCCCCAAGAAAGAGAGAGAAUGUUUACAUUGGUGAUUUAAAUCCUCAGGGAAAACUUUUAACCACCCUGAGACCCAAGUGUAAAUGUGCAAACGGUGCCAUAUAUGUGUGUAAAUCAUGUGAUCCAGAAAGGGCAGCUACAUGUUUUUCCUUCCAAGACCCUUGUAGAACAUGUGCAGAUUUGGAGCGAAGUGUACUUGGAAUGUAUUGGUCUUAAAAGCGUUGUACAUCAGCACAGGGUCUUGACGUGAACAUUGCUAUUGUUGUGAGAUGAAUCUGCCACCUACUGGUUAUUAUGUUUCACGUUGGC